CGGGUCUUCUUCAUCGACGACCAGUCCCGGAACACGACCUGGCUGCACCCCCGGACCGGAGAGCCCGUCAACUCCGGACACAUGAUCCGCUCAGAUCUCCCCCGCGGAUGGGAAGAAGGAUUCACAGAGGAAGGCGCCAGCUUCUUCAUCGACCACAACCAGAGGACGACGACCUUCAGACACCCGGUGACCGGUGACAUCUCCCCGGAGAAUGCCGAAUUUGAUUUACGGGACGAGUUGUCUCCGCAUCAGGUGAACCAAAGACCGUACAGCAUGGUGAGUGAGGGCUCCACGGCGGUCACAACGUCCACAGCAGACGCCAGACCCCCUNUCCAGGUUUCCAAGUCCAACAGCAAAGUCUACAGUUUUGGGAAGAGAGAUCAAUCCAUCAAGAGGAACCCGAACGUUCCGGUUCUGGUGAGAGGAUGGCUCUACAAACAGGACAGCUCGGGGAUGAAGCUCUGGAAGAGAAGAUGGUUUCUGCUGUCCGACUAUUGCCUGUUUUACUACAAAGAUAGCAAAGAGGAGUCCAUACUGGGCAGCAUUCCCCUCCCGGGGUACGUCAUCUCCCCCCCGGGGCCCGAGGACCGGAUCAACCGCAAGUACUCCUUCAAGGCGGUGCACAAUAGCAUGCGUGCCUACAUCCAGCACCGAGAGAACGAGAACUCCGGAAUGAGGACGUAUUACUUCAGUGCCGACACCCAGGAGGACAUGAACGGCUGGAUCCGGGCGAUGAACCAGGCGGCCCUCGUCCAGAGCGCUCCCGACAACAAGAGGGAAGUUCUGGACACGGAUUGGCCGGCCGUCAAUGUGAACAACCAUAUGGACUCCUUCACAGAGUUUGCCCAGCUGGAGACGGUUCCGAUGAGGAGCAGCUACUCCAAACCCAAAGAGCCCUUAACAUUCCGGAGCGAGGACCCGCGGCGCAAUUCCGGAGAGAAGGAACAGCACCGCGACGUGGCGGUGGGUGAGAAGGAGCGCUACCGGGAGCCGGGGGACAGAGAACGCUAUCAGGAGGCCGCGGAUACGGAUCUUUAUCGGAACGGCGGAGAGAAGGAGCGCCAGCGAGAAGUAGACAAGGAACCUCAUUGGACCGGCGCCAACCAGGAGCGCCAGCGAGAACUUGACAAGGAACCUCAUCGGACCGGCGCCGACAAGGAGCGCCAGCGAGAGGUUGGGGAUAAGGAUCGCCUCAAGAACCGGAUAGACAAGGAUUACUCCCGGGAUCAGGAGGAGCCGGAGCGUUACCGGAACGGCCGAGACCGCGAGAAUUGCGCCCCCCACAAAAACGCCAUCAACGCCAACGGCGGGAAGCCGCAGAACUCUUUCCUCUCCAGCGAGCGUCCGUCCGCGUUCACCGAUCUCACGAAGCGGCAUCAAUAUCAGGCGGCGCAGACGCCUCAGCCACAAGCCACACUGGAGAGGAACGGGACCCUGCCGGCCUCCUUCCGGACCAGCACCAGUCCCAUGGAGCAGAACGGAGCUGAUACCUACCGGAGGGGCUUGGUGCCCAGAGCCGGCCCGGAGAAACAGGUGCAGCGGCGCAGCGUGAUGGGCCAGGUGGAGCAGUGGGUGAAGAUCCAGAAAGGAGACGGCAAAAGUAUCGGCACAGAACACGAGAGGUACCAGACUUUGCCAAAGACCAGCAGGCACCCCCCCAGCGGCUCCCCGCCCCCCACCCGCAACCUGCCAAGUGACUACAAGUAUGCGCAGGACCGCGUCAGCCACCUGAAGAUGUCCAGCGAGGAGCGUCAGUGCUUCUCCGUCCCCCCGUCUCCCUCUGACUUCCAACCGCCCCCCGGACCACCCAAAAUGUUCCCCCCCAGAAGAUCCAACACCCCCGCGGACAGGCGGUCCGUGCGGCCCGAGGAGGGAGCGAUGGACGGACCCUUUGCUGGAUCACCACAGAAGAUGGGGGAGUAGGGACUGUGCAGAGGGGGAGUAGGGACUUCUUCAGCCCAGGUGGAUCGCCGCUCCAUGCCGUCCAUGGGAUAUAUGACACACACUGUAAGUGCCCCCAGUUUACAUGGCCAGUCGGCCGAUGAUACUUACAUUCAGCUGAAGAAGGAGUUGGAGUAUUUGGACCUCAAGGUGACGGGAAGAGAAUCUCUGAAGGAUCGCUCCGCCAGGCCGGUCAGAAUCGCCGAAAGCGACGUUGAUGUAAGUGGAGAACUUCUGGAAUACGAAUUGGGAAAAUGGCGAUUUGGGUUGACUUUGGGGGAGGGGCACGCUUCCGGGGAGUGUCACAUGGUGCGGGGGGUGUUUUCGGCUGUGGCUCCCUCGUCCUGUGUCAGGUCCGCGGUCACAAAUGGUGGACGGAGCCCAAAUCAGGUCCCGUCAGGAUUGGCGAUUGUAUCUGCUCUCCUAUUGGCUGGCACUCUGGACUACCUGGCCCCUCCCUCUCCCCUCCGGAUGGUGCGGGGCCCGGGAUGUGUUCAGCGUCGGGUGGAGUUCUUCCUCAUAGCCGGGGACAUGUUACCAAGACUUGUUAGCGCGGAGUGCGGCCUUGCUGCAUGUGCUUCGGCUUGGCAGUGUCUGGACGCAUCGCUGUCAGUGCAGGCGCCGCGCUUCGGUCAUAACGCCGCUGUGUCUUCCUCAGGUGACGGGAAGAGAAUCUCUGAAGGAUCGCUCCGCCAGGCCGAAUCCGGGUUCUUGCAGGACAAGCUGGAGACGGUUCUGGAGGUUCUGCACAGGCAGAUGGAUCAGUUCAAGGAUCAGCCCCAGCACACGGAGAAAAUCUCCUACCAGCAGCGCCUCCUACAGGAGGACUUGGUGCAGAUCCGAGCCGAGAUGUCCAAAGUCUCUACGGAUAUGGAGACGUCCUGGAACGAGUAUCUGAGGCUGGAAAGUGACGUCAUCCGACUGAGACAAAUGUUACAGGAACAGAUGACCCGCUGCCCCUCGUCUCAGGACCGGACGCAGCUCCAGAAGGAUCUGUGGCGGAUCGAAGACGUCACGGCCGGUCUGAGCGCCAACAAGCUGAACUACAAAGUGCUCGCGGAAUCGUUCAAGAAUCCAGAAAGGAAAACGUUGCCUUUGGUCACAUCCACAUUCGUGCCUUCCGGAAGUACGGCGUUUACAUCUGUGCGCAGUAAAUCCGUCUCCCCUCAGACCCCGCCCAGUUUUGUGACCCAGAUGCUGGAGGCGGGGCUUUAUCCUCAGCCGUACACCCAGAGCAGGUCGCAGUCCCAGCCGCAGCUGAUGCAGAAACCGGAAAUGCGCCUUCAGUCGCCAACCCGAGCGCCGACGCCACCAAAGCAUGAAGAGAGCGUCCCACCGCGACCGCCAUUGCCAGACAUGUACAGUCCUGAAGACCUUCCCCCGAACAUCCCAGUAGAACUGCGCACAUAUGCGAGCGAACCAGAACUCGCCAAUCUCAGCAGUGACUCCGCCUCCCCGCCGUCUGGCUUCCUUGGCUCAGAUUCUGGCUACCAAACGUUGCCCACUAGAGGUUUAUCUGGAUCGACCUCCAGGCUCCCUCAGUCGUCUUCUGUCACAUCGUACGUCACGCUGCGGAGGGGCACCGACACUUCCAAGGUAACGCCAUGGAGCGACAGACCAAAAAGUGCCUUUGAGCGCCUUUAUUCCGGCGACAACCAAAGAGGUAAAAUCAGCGCCGAAGAGCAGCUCAAGCGCAUGAAGCGCCAUCAGAAGGCCUUGGUCCGCGAACGCAAGAGGACGCUCAGCCAAGGAGAGAAGACGUCCGUUAUCGGCCGCCCGUCCUCGCGGCCCGUGUCCGCGGACAUCAGCUCAUGGCAGCGAGAACAGGAAUUUGAUCUGCAGUUGCUGGAGAAGGCGGCUCGAGACGUGGAGGACAGGGAUCGGGAGGACAGGGAUCGGGAUGACCAGGACUGGGUGCAGGCGACCGCCAUCCAUGUGACUGAGCUGGACCUGGAGCCUCAGGACUACGACUUGGACAUCAGCAAGGAGUUGGCGACUCCGGACAAAGUGGACAUUCCGGAGAGGUACAUCGAUCUGGACCCGGAUGAGCCUCUGAGUUAUGAUGAGCUGGAGGCGCGACGGCGGAAAGUCCAGAGGAUCAAGAACAUUCUGGCCCGGUCCAGUGUACACAAUCUGCAGCCAAUGUCGUACCCGGAUGAGGUGGGUCCCUCGGAUAUGGACAGCCAGGUGCAGGAACAGGAGCGGAUGAUCACCAUUUCCUACGCUCUGGCCUCAGAGGCUUCUCGGCGCAGCAAGCAAGUUGCAGGUGAGAAGGGGGAGGGGCCUCGUCCUUGGUGCCGGACAUUGUACCUCAUUGACCGCUCCGGGAUUGUUUGGGAAACUUCUUAA